AAUUUUAGUUGCACAUGGAAAAACCUUGAAAAUAAGAAAGCCUUUUUGUUACCCUAAGAAAAUGGAAAUUGUGCGUUCAAACUUCCUUGAAUCCCUCCCUAUGAUCUCCGAGGUUAUUGAGUCUGCAUCUUUCUUGGCUAUCGAUGGAGAAUUCUCUGGUUUAAAUACAAAAUGGAAGCUUGAAAAUACGAUUGACACCCCACAAGAACGCUACUCAAAACUCCUAAAUACUUCCAAGGACUUUCUCAUAAUUCAGUUUGGUUUGUGUGCCUUUACUUUGGAUAGUCAAAAGAACUGUUAUAAUGCCAAACCUUUUAACUUCUAUAUUUUUCCGAGGCAUUUAACGCGUGAUAGUCCAGAUGUGAGGUUUUUGUGUCAAAGUUCAAGCAUUGAUUUUCUUGGAGGGCACAAUUUUGACUUCAAUAAGUGGAUUCACGAAGGAAUAUCGUAUCUUAGACCUCACGAUGAGGAAAAACUGAGGAAUAAUUUACAAGAACGACACGAGCAGAGUUUUGGUCCUUUUACCUCUCCAGCACCAGUUCCAUCACCAGCAGCCUCGACAGCUUCAUCCAAUAAGUCUAGUACCAGUUCUUCCAAAACUCCUGUAAUCAUUCCUCCAGAACAUCAACCAUUUGUCGAGAAAGCUUGUAAUGAGAUAGAAGAAAUGCUUAAAAAUCCAGAGAGUAAAACUACCAACUUACCCCCCUGUAAUGGUUACUUGCUAAAACUCAUUUACCAAAGUGCAAAGCAGAGAUUCACUUCAGGGAUUCAGUUGGAGAAGAGCACCAAUGACAAGAAGGAGUGCUUUAUCGUAGUCACUAAAGUUAAUGAAGAUGAGAAAAAGAAAUUUGAGGAAGAGAAACAAGCCAAGGAGAAAGAGAUGAUUGAAAAUGCAGUGGGGUUCUCAACUGUUUUGAAAAUGGUCUCCCAAUCUGGUAAACUAAUCGUCGGUCACAAUAUGUUGUUGGAUCUAAUGCAUAUUGUACACCAAUUCAGUUGCCCACUUCCUGAAGAUGUUGAUGAGUUCAAAGCAAUAAUCCAAGCUCUAUACCCAAGAAUUGUGGAUACAAAAGUAAUGGCAACAACGCAACCAUUUCGAGAUCAACUUCCUUCUACAAUAUUAGGUGACCUAGUAAAACAUCUCACAGUUGCUCCUUUUAAGAAACCAGUCAUAGAGCUGGACAAGGAGUUUUCAAGGUACCAGGAGGGCACAGAAAAGCUCCAUGAAGCAGCUUACGAUGCCUAUAUAACUGGGCUGGCAUUUAUUUCCAUGGCUAACUACCUGGGUAGUUUUCAAGAUCCACCAAAGUCAAUGAUAUCACCUGAUUCAACAUUGGUAUCACCAUUCCUCAACAAAAUCUUCCUCUACAGAAUGGAAGAUAUACCUUACCUGAAUCUUGCUGGUGAAGACUUGAAGCCUGCACGAGAUCAUGUCUUCUUUCUUACUUUCCCAAGUACCUGGAGAUAUGGAGAUAUUCUUGAACUUUUUAGUCCAUUUGGAUUUGUCUAUGUCUCCUGGAUAAAUGACGCGUCAGCAUUUGUGUCGCUUGCCUUGAGAGGUAACAAGAAUAAAGUGCUAGAGAAAUUAAGUGAUGACGAUGCACCCUAUACAAUCACAUCUUAUGCUGAGUACUUUGGAUACACCUGUAAUGCUAACCCUGGGGAAGACAAUGAAGCAGAGGCUGGCAAUUAUCAUCCAGGAAGCAAGAGACGCAGAAGUGAGGGUACUUUGCAGUCCAACAAGUACAAAACUACAGAGAUGAAGAUAGCUGAUACAAACAGUGAACCUGAAGAAGGGGAAAUUAUUGAAGAGCCAGUUACGAAGAAAAAGAAAAAAGACCAACACUUUGAUGUACCAAAAGAUUGGUAGUACCACGAGGUUGCAGUUUAGUUGUGUUUAAUGACCUUUAGAUCAGCCAAGUAUGAGAACAAGUGCAAGUUUUAAAAUUGGUCCUGUGCAUGUGGUUCACUCUGAAUGUUAGUCGAGUUUUGCCUUUUUACAAUCUAAAGUUUCAAUCUAUGUACGCGAUCAUGACUACAAAAGGAUAGUGCAUUCUUUAAGAGUUAAAAACUUGUUCUCAUUCUUAUCAUUGGAUCAAAAGGUCUGUCUUGUUGCAUACCAUACAGUAUGCUUUCAAAGUUGAUUAUUUAUAUUUUCUUAGACUUUGUUUGAACACAGGCAGCCCAAUCUCUUGUUCUGUAGUGUUGUAGUAUUUAAAUAUUUGUGUUUGAAUUGUUUAAAAAAUUCCUCUCAUUACACCUCUUGCAGGGGUGGAUCCAGGAAUUUUAGAAGGGUGGUGACUA